AUGGACUACGAUUUUAAAAUGAAAACUCAAAUGGAGCGCACGAAAGUGGAGGAUCUGUUCAACUACGAGGGCUGUAAAGUGGGGCGCGGCACCUACGGCCAUGUAUACAAAGCUAAAUGGAAAGAGACGAGUGACGGGAAGGAAUAUGCCCUUAAACAAAUUGACGGCACUGGUCUGUCAAUGUCCGCUUGCCGUGAAAUUGCGUUACUAAGAGAACUGAAGCACCAGAAUGUUAUAACGCUGAUUCGGGUAUUCCUGUCGCAUAACGAUCGGAAGGUGUUCCUGCUGAUAGACUAUGCCGAGCAUGAUUUGUGGCACAUCAUCAAGUUCCAUCGCGCCGCCAAAGCUACAAAGAAGCAGGUUAUUGUGCCCCGUGGCAUGGUGAAGAGUUUGUUGUAUCAGAUUCUUGACGGUAUUCAUUAUCUGCAUAGCAAUUGGGUGCUGCAUCGCGAUCUGAAGCCGGCUAACAUUCUGGUGAUGGGCGAUGGAAAUGAGCGAGGGCGUGUCAAGAUUGCAGAUAUGGGAUUUGCGCGUCUUUUUAAUGCACCACUCAAGCCGCUGGCCGAUUUGGACCCUGUGGUGGUGACAUUCUGGUAUCGUGCGCCGGAAUUGCUGCUUGGUGCACGUCACUACACAAAGGCCAUAGACAUUUGGGCUAUUGGCUGCAUUUUUGCCGAGCUCUUGACUUCAGAGCCAAUCUUUCACUGCCGCCAGGAGGACAUUAAGACGAGCAAUCCGUAUCAUCACGAUCAGUUGGAUCGAAUUUUCAAUGUGAUGGGUUUUCCACAGGACAAGGACUGGGAAGAUAUUAAGAAAAUGCCCGAGCACCACACGCUCACAAAGGACUUCAAACGUUCCACAUACUCGGCCUGCUCGCUCGCCAAAUAUAUGGAGCGUCACAAAAUCAAGCCGGAUAGCAAGGCAUUCCAUCUGCUACAAAAGUUGCUGCUUAUGGAUCCCAAUAAGCGCAUCACCUCCGAGCAGGCCAUGCAGGAUCAAUACUUUCAGGAGGAACCGGUGCCAACGCAGGAUGUCUUCGCCGGCUGCCCCAUACCAUAUCCGAAGCGCGAGUUUCUCACAGACGACGAUCAGGAGGACAAAUCCGAUAAUAAGCGACAGCAACAGCAGCAGCAGCAGCAACAACAGCAGCAACAGCAACAACAACAGCAGCAGCAACAACAGCAACAACAACAGAUGAAUCAAACGAACAUUAAUCAGAAUAUCAACAAUGAGCCAAAUGCGAAGCGUGUCCGCUUGUCCGGCUCCAUUAAUCAGGGGGGAAAUCAGCAGCAGGAUUUCCAUCAUCAGCAACAGCAACAAUCGCAACAAAUGCUGUUCAAUCAGCAACAAAAUUUUCAGCAGCGCUUUAACUGAUUAGACUGAGUUAUGAAACGCAUUUCCAUUUUCAUACAAAAUAUUGCUUGGUAUUCUAAGUUGGUAACUAAAUUAUAAAAACAAAACUGAUAACAA